AUGAAAUAUCAGACAACAACGAAGUUAAGUAAUAAUGACCCUACGACUUGCCAAUCGAAUUGCUGCUCUGUGAACUCCUGUAAGCGACGAAUCUCAGAGAUUAAAGAUGAAGUGAAUUCUACAGAUAGUAUCAACAAAAGAGAAUGUACUAACAAUAACAGAUUGAUAGCAUGUCCAUUAAGUAAUUUUGGCUGUACAUCUGAGCUAUGUUACAACGAUUUAUUCGAACACUAUUCGAGUGAAUUCCACAAAGAAAACGUUCUCAAAGCAGUGGAGAUCUAUGUGAAACAACUGCAUAUGAAACCAUUAGAAGAUAAUGAUCUAUGGGACCUACAAAAAAAUGAUUAUGCGGAGUUAAUAGAUGCACUCAGUACCCUAGGAGAUGGAGUCGCAUGUUUACAUAAUGAUAAUGUAGAGAUUCAUAAGAAUUUCGUACAGCUACUCAGUAAUAUUAUGGAACAGCAAAAACAAAUAGAAAAAGUAAAAAAAUCUGAGGAAGAAAAUUCACAAUUAAUCUCUGCUGUUGAUAUGAACAACAACAUCUUACAAACUGAACUCGCAACUAUAAAACAAAUACUAUCAGAUAAUUCUGGUUCAUCAUCAUUUGACGGAUCAUUUAUUUGGAAAAUCACCGACGUAACCGGAAAGUUAGCAAAUGCUAAGAAUGGUCAGCAACAAAGCAUCUAUUCUUCACCAUUCUAUUCCUCACCUACGGGCUAUAAAAUGUGUAUGAGACUUUAUUUGAAUGGUGAUGGUAACGCGAAAGGCACUCACAUGUCAUUGUUUUUUGUUGUUAUGCGAGGCGAUUAUGAUGCUAUACUAACAUGGCCCUUUAACCACAAAGUAACAUUUUUUCUGUACGAUCAAACGAGUGUUCGUCGUCAUAUAAUCGAUUCAUUUCGGCCCGAUCCUAAAUCAAAUAGCUUUCUACGGCCCAAAUCUAAUAUGAAUAUAGCUUCUGGGAUAUCGAAGUUUCUACCAUUAUCAAUCAUUCAAUCAGAAGAUAAUCCUUAUGUACGUGAUGACUGCAUGUUCAUUCGGUGUCUGGUUGAUUUUGAGUCAUUACCAAAAAUGGCCCUUCCAUUUUUGAUUGGCGUCAAUCCAGGAUUACCUUUGUCUAUCCAAAGCAAAUUAAUUCAAUCUGAAAUUGAAAAACAUCGAAUUCCAUCAUCAACUAGUACUUCUAGAGUGGAGUCACCCAUAAAGUUAGAAGAUCUAAAAGUAAACAAAUAA